UAAAAAAAAAAGGAAAAGGAAAAAGAGCUCCCCUAAUCGAUCUCCAGAUUGAGAUCCCCUUCUUGCUUUCGUGUUGGAGACGGAAACGAAGGCGCCUCCCUCUGAUCUGAUAUAUACUGGAGUAGAAUCGAUCGAGAGGAUCAUCAGGCAUCAAGUGAAGAAGUCGAUGGCGGCGGCGAUGAGAUUCGGCGGUGGCGCUUUGCUCCGGCGAGCGCCCGUGGCGGCGGCAAGGGUGCGGCUCGCCCACACCAAGCCCUGCAGCCCGGAGGAGAUGAGGGACGCCGCGGCCCGCGUGGCGGAGAUCGACAAGGCCAAAGAGGAGCUGUUCGACAAGGUGCAUGGCAUGGUUACCACCUACGAUGUCCCGCGCAGGAUGAGUCGCGAGUACAUGCUUCUCAUGCAGCGCCUCUCCUCCCAAAUCAACCCUAGACCCCAAGACCCAAUCUGGCGUUUUUGUCGACGCCACGAAAGACGCAAUACUUACUACAAGUUUUUGGGGGCAUGUACGAAUGGCCUUUUGACUGGAGUUGGCAUCGGCUUGCUCGUGUUUGUUCCACCAAAAAAGUCUGUCGCGGACUGGUGGAACAAAGUUACUAGUUGAAUACACCUUUCCUCUCCUACAGCAUACUUACUAGUGUCAAAAUUGCUUUUAUAUUAAUGUUUUUAUAUUAUGGGACGGAGGGAGUGGCUUAUGUUAGUGCCAACAAGACUAGCUUGUCAUGAGGAUUGUACUAGUCAUCAUAUAUAUAGCUUAGCUGCUAGUUCUAUCUUUGGAUUGGACGGUUUAUCCAUCUUAUAUCGGCUUGUAAGCCUAUGUUUC